UAAGUUGUUUAGAGAAUUUGUUUUUCGAUAAUUUGGAGCUGAUCAAAUUAUAAGUUUCGUAUUUUUUAAGGCAAAAAUGAAAUAACAUUUAACUAAACAAAGCAAAAUGGAUCAAUUUGUUCGAUCAUAUCUCAAGCAGUGGGAGUUAGAAGAACUUAUUCCUAGAUUUGAAGAUGAGGAAAUUAACGAAAGAGCCUUCAAAUGUCUUUCCGAUGAUAUCAUUAGAGAACUGAUACCAAAGUUGGGAAAACGUGCCAUUUUCAGCUCAGCUUACAAAGAAUUUCUAGAAAAUGUGAAAACUAAACCCGAACCAAAACCCGAAUCAGUAGAUUGUAAAAUUGAAUCAACUUCAUCCACGAGCAUCAAACAAGAACAAGAACCAUCCAAACUUGACGAAACUCCUGACCCUAGCCAAAAUGCACCUUCCGUACUGAGCGAAGAAGAUACGGAACUUCCAGAGCCCCACUCCACCUCUCCAGAACCACCACCACUUGCGGAAACCUUCAGCAUCGCCCCGCUGACGGACCUGACCGACGUGGACCACGAGACGGCACAAGCCCUGCGAAAGCUGCUGGAGCAAAGUCCAACGGCAAGCCACCUGCGAGAUAAGAAGUUUCUCACUCGAUCCAGCCGGAAUCUGCUGAGCGAGGAAAUUGUUUACUAUUUGUACUUUCAAAAUAACGGAGCCCUGACGGAGGAGGUGUUGGUCAACUGGGCUAGGGCGGUGGAGGUGGUCUUCAAGGAUGAAGUGGCCGCCAUCUACUACAGAAAGCAGCGGGAAGGUGCCUCGUUAGGAACGGGGAAGUUGUGUGAGUAUUAUCAGAGGAUGAAGUGAACUGAAAUUUGUUAAACUUUUGGAAUAAAUUAUAUUUCUUUUGAACUUAACCUGACAAUUUUAAA